AUGAGGUCGACCUUGGUUACAGCCUCCCUCCUGAUGGGAUGUGCUUCCGCCGAGGUUCACAAGCUGAAGCUCAACAAGGUGCCAGUGUCUGAGCAGUUUACCUUGCACAACAUCGAUGCCCAUGUGCAGGCCCUCGGCCAGAAGUACAUGGGUAUUCGUCCCAAUAUCCAACAAGAGAUACUAAGCGAGAAUCCGAUCAAUGAUCUGGGACGUCAUGAUGUUCUUGUUGACAACUUCUUGAAUGCACAAUACUUCUCCGAGAUUGAAAUCGGUACUCCUCCACAGAAGUUCAAGGUUGUCCUUGACACUGGUAGCUCAAACCUCUGGGUUCCCUCCUCAGAGUGUGGCUCCAUCGCCUGUUACCUGCACAACAAGUACGACUCAUCCUCGUCGUCUACGUACCAGAAGAAUGGCAGCGAAUUCGCUAUCAGGUACGGCUCUGGUAGCCUGAGUGGAUUCGUUUCUCAGGACACCCUCAAGAUCGGUGAUCUUAAGGUGAAGGAUCAGCUCUUCGCUGAGGCGACCAGUGAACCUGGUCUUGCUUUCGCUUUCGGCCGUUUCGAUGGCAUCCUUGGAUUGGGAUUUGACACGAUCUCUGUCAACAAGAUCCCUCCUCCCUUCUAUAGCAUGCUCGACCAGAAGCUUCUUGAUGAGCCGGUCUUUGCCUUCUACCUUGGGGACGCAAACAAGGAAGGUGAUAGCUCUGAGGCGACAUUUGGUGGUGUUGAUAAGAACCACUACACCGGCGAGCUGGUCAAAAUCCCUCUGCGUCGUAAAGCCUACUGGGAGGUUGAUCUUGAUGCCAUUGUCCUUGGUGACAGUAUCGCUGAGCUCGACAAUACUGGUGUCAUCCUUGACACUGGCACUUCCCUCAUUGCCCUGCCUACCACCCUUGCUGAGCUUAUUAACAAGGAGAUCGGUGCUAAGAAAGGCUUCACCGGCCAAUACUCGGUCGACUGUGACAAGCGUGGCUCCCUGCCUGACCUCACCUUUACCUUGAGUGGCCACAACUUCACCAUUGGACCCUACGACUACACUCUAGAAGUCCAGGGAUCUUGCAUUAGCUCUUUCAUGGGCAUGGACUUCCCCGAACCUGUUGGCCCCUUGGCCAUUUUGGGUGAUGCAUUCCUCCGGAAGUGGUACAGCGUGUAUGACCUCGGCAACGGCGCCGUCGGCCUGGCGAAGGCUAAGUAG